AUGACUAGUUCGAAUGAUAAUUCAGGUCCUAAUUCAAUCCUAUUGCCGCCUGAUUCAUACGGCUCGGUGGUUCUCGGUGGCACCUUCGACCGCUUGCAUGACGGCCAUCGCCAAUUCCUCAAGGCUGCGGCUGCGGUGGCGAGGGAUCGAAUCGUGGUUGGUGUUUGCGAUGGCCCCAUGCUCGCUAAUAAACAGUAUUCUGAUUUGAUAGAGCCAAUUGAGCAAAGAAUGAAAAACGUUGAAGAUUACAUUAAGUCAGUUAAGCCAGAGCUGGUUGUGCAAGCAGAACCAAUUGUGGACCUUUAUGGUCCGUCAAUUAUCGACAAUAAUUUGGAGGCUAUUUUUGUAAGUAAGGAGACAUUUGCUGGGGGGUUAUCUGUUAAUAAGAAGAGGGCCGAGAGAGGUCUCUCACAGCUAAAG